AUUCAAUCUCGUACAAAAUCACCAGUAAUAUACGUCUAGAUUUAAUACAUCCACAGGUGGAACGCUAUCAUUAUUAUUAGGGACAGGAAGUCGGUCUAUGGUUUGGUAUGAUUUCAAUGAUCUGGCGAAAACGUGGUAAACUUUGCAUUAUUGCAGGGCUGCUUUUCAUUUUGUCCAUCAUAAGCAACAAGGUUCUCUAUAAAAAGGUUUCACCACAAAAUGAAAGCAAGCGAUAUAAACUCAAUGACAAGCGUUCAAUGGGAAGUGAUCUAGCAAGUGACAGGAGGAAUGUAGAGAGGGGGGAUAAGAGAAGAAAUGAAGAAUUAAAUUUGGUUGGAAUGGAGGGACAGAAAAUGGAAUUACGUGAACAAGAUGUUCAGGAGAAGAAGGAAGCAUUGCAUAAACAAAGGUAAGGGAAGCAUCUGUUAUAUUCCAACACCAUGAUCAAGUAUUUUUCUGCUUGUCUGGCGUGGACAUCACUUGGAGAACAUCAUCCAAUAUAUAAUCUACCAGAGUACAAAUCCCACCAUGAUUAAGCAAGUUUCUACUUGUCUAUUGUGAACAUCACUUGGAGAAUAUUGUCCACUAUAUACUUGAAUACGAAUCUCACCAUGAUCGAAUUUAUAUAUAUUGUCCAUGUGCUGUCCACACAAGGCACGUAGGAUUUGCACUCAGGUAAAUAUUAUAUAUUGGGUGAUGCUUUCUAACUAUAUUCUGUUGUAUUAGAGCAGUACGUUUCCAUUCCCUAAUGUAGAUUAUAUAAUUUUCUCGAGAGUCCAUACAUUUCUGCUUGCCUGGUGUCAUGAGUAAAAAUUUCUUUCGUUUUAGUUGCAAGCGACACGACGUCGUCGUCUUCAUAAAAACUCACAAAACUGGAAGCAGUACAAUCACGAACAUUCUAAACCGUUUUGCCGACAUGAACGAUUUAAAGGUCGUCCUACCAAUGGGAUACUUCUACCGAUUUCGCUGGCCCGUGCCUUUUCAUUGGUCAGCGGUUGAUCUUUGGAGACUUGAUGGUGAUACUCCUAACAUCCUUAGCAACCACGCCCGUUAUAACCGUCCCACGAUACAACUGAUCAUGAAAAAAGGCGCGAAAUAUAUCACCAUUCUUAGAAAUCCACUUGACCAGUACGAGUCCACGUUUCAUUACAUGGAAUUUAGAAAAUUUCUACAGUUGAAUAAUUCUAAGAAUCCACUGGCGGAUUUUGUGGAAAAUCCUGUGCCAAAGUUGUACGAGAUGCGAGAAAAAUAUCGUGGAAUUCCAGAGUCGAUGAAUUUGGUGAAGAAUCCCAUGUUCUUUGAUCUAGGUACGGAUAUAGCUAAAAUAUAAACGUAUAAACGACGUUUACUGAUAUUGGAAAGUAACUUUACACAGGAUAGCUCUACUACUUCUAGCUCUACUACUUCUAAAAUGGUCUGCCCAGAAGGCCAGAGAGGGUCAUCACUUAUUAGUAUGCACUCAACCAUGGUCUAUUACAAAUCCUGCAUUCUGAGUGGCUACUCAACCAUAGACCAUUACGUGAGGGACCUCGGUUGUAUUGUCUAUGGCAUAUAGUCAGCUCUGACUAUGCCUUCGUUAGCUAUUCGCUCAUAGACAACUCGGCCUCUUUGUCUAACUGUUAAAUGGUCUACAGGUCUAAUGUUACUACAGGAGGAAAUCUCGUUCGAACUUACUUAUUUAUACUGGAUAGUUUUAUCAGUUGCAACAUAUUUUGUCUAGAGGGCCUGUAGGGGACGUCUCUUAUUUUAUCAGAGUUACUUAGUUCAGAGUCAUUUUUCGGAUAACUGAUAACAUUAGUUUUAUAAGUUCAUUGUCACAUUAGGUUUAUAAGUUCAGACUCGAAAUAACAUUAGUUUUUCAUAAUAGGCAAAAUUUAUUGGAUUUUAAUUGGAUUGGAAAAUACCUCUUUUGCUUCACAGAGUCUUUACUUUUUAAGAAUUGAGACCUACCAACCAAACAACAGUUGCAGAAAGUUACAUGCAUUAACAGUCCGUUGUUGGAUUAUCAUUGUAUAGCUUUCAACCAAUCAGCACUAGCUCACUAUAUAUCUUAUCUCAUAUAAACCAAUCACCAAUCCCGUUGUAUAGCUGAAAUCCAUAUCCGACCAAUCAACACUUUCGUACUAUUAUCACUGUACCAUAUUUUAAUAUAGGCAUGUAUCCUCCAGCCUACGACAACAUGACCAGAGUAAGGGGCGAAAUUAUGAAGCUGGAUCGCGAUUUUGAACUGGUCCUGAUUAUGGAAUAUUUUGACGAAAGCCUCAUACUUUUAAAGAAAGCUUUCUGCUGGACCGUGCAGGAUAUCCUAUACGUGAAAUUCAACCAACGACAACAUAAACCAAAGGUGCAAAUAAGUGAAAAAGUGAAGCGAAACAUCCUCAACUGGAACAAAGCCGAUGUGAUGCUUUAUGAUCACUUCAACAAGACAUUAUGGAGGAAAAUUGAAGACUACGGGCCCUCCUUUUGGAAAGACUUAAACGCGUUUCGUCGACUUAAUUCGAAAAUGCAGUCUUCUUGUGUCAAGAAAAGACAGUUUUCCGAGAAGGCGUUUAUGUCGAACGGUCAGAUUCUUAGUUUUCGCUUGAACCCAAACGUUCCAUCUUACGAUCGGUACUUUUGCAUGAAAAUCGUAAGAAAUGAAAUAGAAUACAUCGACUACUUUCGCAAGAAGUUCAAACCGUAUGGCUCUUACCAGACUUUGUUAGAGAAGGCAGGGAAGAAGAAACGGUCAACGAGAGAGCUUAUAGAGAGAUUACAUAUAGCAGCGAAUAUUAAAUUCGCUGAUUCUGUGCCUCGCGCUGUAACGUAG